CAGGAAACUAUUUCCCCAUCAAGUGACCAGAGCUAAGAAAGGGAAACAAAAAGGUUCCCAUAGCUUCUUUCCUAAGGUCCACAGGAUCAUACGAUCAGAAACCCAAGCCGUGCAACAGAAGGUGGCCUGUGGCAUCAAGGGCAUAUCAGGACCCACGAGACACCACGCAGCUGCUCAGCGCCUCCAGCCAAAGCUUCCUCCGAGGAAGCCCUGCUUGAGCCGGAAGGGACAUGGUGCUGCCCGUGACGCAGGUGCUAGCCUUCGCUGUUUCUCUUGCAGGUGCUUGGCUGGUGGCACAGAGCAAGGCUACAUCACGUUCCCCCACAAUCUCCGUCUUCCUGAAGCCGCCUGGGGUGAUCCCACCAGGAGGCUCCGCCACCAUCUGCUGCAGUUGCCAGCAGGACAGUGGGAAUUUCGUGCUGUACAAGAACGGCCGUGAGCUCCGUACCCUGCAGCUGCAUGGCACCAGGGCCGAGUUCCCCAUCUUUAAUGCCUCCCACCAGGACGCGGGUGCCUACACCUGCCACUGCCUGGGUGGAGGCACCGUGCUGGCUCGCAGCGAAACCCUGGACAUCAUGGUACAAGAGUUCCAUCUACCCAAACCUAUCCUCUCAGUCCUGCCUGGGCAGGAGGUGGCCACAGGCACUUAUGUGAUUUUCCGUUGCACCAUCGUGCACCCCAGUGCUGGCUGUUUCCUGUACCUGGAGGGCCAGAUCGAAGCCCUCAGCCUGCUCUCAAAGGAACGAGAUCAUUUCAACCUCUCCAGCGUGCAUAAAGGCAAUGGGGGCCGCUACAGCUGCCAGUGUUUCACCAGGGAUGCUUCCUUCCAGUGGUCCGCAGCCAGCAAGCCGCUGGACUUGGUGGUGAGAGGUGAGCCACCCCCUGCCCCCUCCACGCUUUGCUCCCUUCCUGGCAUCUGCUGCCUCCUGGGGGAACCAGAAAAGAGGGUGUGGGAGAAGGCAGCGGCUGUAAUAGGGUCCAGGCAGAGGCUUGCAGCCACCUUCAGAUGUGUUUGGUCCUUGCCAGCUCCUCAGAGACCCUUCAGAUGACCUAUAGACCCUAUAGACACCGGGUUCCGAGGCUACCAGUUGUGGGGCAGGGGGCACCUACGCCCGCUCCCACCAGCCCCAGGGCCGGUGUGGGUCUGGCCGCAGCCCAGUGGUGCUGGCUCUGCGAUCCUGUCCCGCGGCCUUUGGUGCCUCUGGGUGGGGUGACAGGCUGGAGCCGGUGGGUGGGGGGUCCCAUGGGCAGGAAUGCGGGAGGCAGAGCCGACAGGAGCCCUUGAGGCUCCCUACAAGCUUCCCCCUGUCCCUCUCCAGCCCAGGGGCUCCCCAGUGUGCCCCUUACCCACACGUGCCUGCUUGCCCUGGCAGCCCCCGUGUGCCCCUGCCACCCCCUCGGGCCCCCCCUGCUGCCCCAUGGGACUCCUUUGGCCUGGGAGCUCCCGGGGGGGCCGGGGGGCUGCUCCCGGGGGCCCCCAGUGACUGUCCCUGCCUGUCCCCAGCGGGACUACACCCGCAGCAACGUGGCGCGCCUGGCGCUGGGGGCCGCGGUCCUGCUGCUGCUGGGGCUGCUGGUGGCCGCGGCCCCCCCCGGCGCUGGGCGCAGCCCCCCCUGCGGCGGGCGGCGGGCGGGCCGGCGGCCCCGGCACUGGGACCAGUAAAGCAGCACUGGGAUCCCACGCUGCCGCCGCACAGACGGGACAUAAAGCUCCAGAAUAGCUUCACUGGCUACAACAAAAGUAUUUUUGUUAUGAAAACACAAAGAGGAGGUGUGGAUAUCAAAAACGUGGGGAAAAAAGAAAUUAAAAACGAGUGCAAAAUGAAUGAAA